AUGGCAAGAAGCGAUGGAAGCUGGAGCCAGGAGAGAGAUGAAUUGCUACAGGAAACAGAGGGCUUGCGCACUCGAUUGGAGUUGACGGAGGUGCGAACCAAGGUGGCAGAGGACCUCAUCGCGUCGCUGCGAGCCAGACUGGAGGUUCGUGAUCGCGAAUCCGCUGGAGAAGACGAAAUCGAAGGAAGCUGGACACAGAAAUUGGAACGUUACUUUGCACUGAGGGAAGUGAUUGAAGAGGAAAGAAUGCAAGCAACUAUGGUGGCAUUGGAGGGUAGAGCACUCAGUUGGUUCCAGUGGUGGGAGCGAUGCAAUCCCUCACCUUCAUGGGAAGCUUUCAAGCUGGCAGUGGUAAGAAGAUUCCAACCCUCUAUGGUUCAAAAUCCUUUUGAAUUACUGUUAUCUUUGAAGCAAGUUGGAUCUGUAGAUGAAUAUGUUGAGGAGUUUGAAAAAUAUGUUGGGGCUUUGAAAGAGAUUGACCAUGAUUUUGUGAGAGGAAUUUUCCUAAAUGGACUCAAAGAAGAGAUUAAGGCUGAAGUGAGGUUGUUUGAGUUGAAUACUCUUGUUGAGGUUAUUCAAAAGUCUUUAUUGAUUGAACAAAAGAACCAGGUUGUUACUAAGAAGAGUGGGGGGUUUGUGAGAUCUGUAGGUUCUUAUAGAAGCAACAAUUACAAUAAAACUGUUACAAUAGAGCCUCAUAGCAAUAGUGAGCAUAAACAGGACAAUCCUGUAGGAACUGCUCGGAGUGGGCUAGUUCCAGAAGCUGGUAGGACCAGGGUAGAGGGUUACAAGCCUUUGACUGCUGCUGAAAUGAAGGAAAAGAGGGAGAAAAACUUGUGUUUCAGGUGUGAUGAAACCUUUACUAGAGACCAUAAAUGCAAAAACAGGCAACUUAGGAUGUUACUCUUGGAAGAGGAGGAGGACUUGGAGGGGGGAGAAUUUGAGGAUGCUUUAUCUGGAGAGUUUAAUUCUCUGCAGUUGUCCCUCUGUUCAAUGAGUGGGUUUACUUCCCACAAGUCUUGGAAAAUGCAGGGAACUAUCAAGGACCAAGCAGUGGUGGUUCUCAUAGAUUGUGGGGCCUCACAUAGUUUCAUUUCUAAGAAACUGGUUGGAGAAAUUCUUUUACCAGUGGAAAACACCCCAGAUUACACGGUGGAAGUUGGUGAUGGUUAUAAGAUUGGAUGUAAGGGGAAGUGUUCUGAUCUGAAGUUGAUGAUACAAUCAUUAGAAGUCACUCAAGACUUUUACCUGUUUGGCCUCAAUGGUAUAGAUCUGAUUUUGAUGGAGGAAGGGGAAGGUUUGCUGGUUCACUGUGAUAAAAAAGCCACAACAGUACAGGAUGACAGAAUUAUUCCAGCAAGUUUGGCUGCAGUUUUGGCCAAAUUUGACUCAGUUUUCCAGGAUCUUCAAGGCUUACCUCCAAGGAGAAGGCAUGACCAUGCCAUACAACUGAAAGAAGGGGCUGACAUACCAAAUCUGAGGCCAUACAAGUGCCCUCACUACCAGAAAAAUGAAAUAGAAAAAUUGGUGGCAGAAAUGUUGGAAGGAGGGAAGAAGGAUGGGGGAUGGAGAUUUUGUGUUGAUUUUAGGGCUCUUAAUAAAAUCACUGUUCCAAAUAAGUUCCCUAUUCCUAUUAUAGAGGAACUUUUGGAUGAAAUUGGAGGUGCCAAGGUGUUUUCCAAGCUGGACCUGAAAUCAGGGUACCAUCAAAUAAGGAUGAAGGAAGAGGAUAUAGAAAAGACAGCUUUUCGUACACAUGAGGGCCAUUAUGAGUUCCUUGUUAUGCCUUUUGGCCUCACAAAUGCUCCCUCUAGAUUCCAAGCCCUUAUGAAUGAAGUCCUCAAGCCUUAUUUGAGGAAAUUUGCCUUAGUAUUCUUUGAUGAUAUUCUGGUUUACAGCCCAGAUUUAUCAUCCCAUUCUGAACAUUUACAGCUGGUCUUAUCUUUGCUAAAACAAAACUCUCUCAAGGCAAAUAGGAAAAAAUGCACUUUUGGCCAGUCAAGCUUGGAAUAUUUGGGCCAUACUAUUUCAGGAGCUGGUGUGGCAGCAGAACAGACUAAGGUGGAAGCCAUUAAAGAUUGGCCAAUCCCUAGAGAUAUUAAGGGGUUGAGAGGGUUCCUAGGGCUCACUGGUUAUUACAGGCGGUUUGUGCAAAACUAUGGCAAGAUUGCCAGGCCCUUGACUGAUUUGUUAAAAAAAAGGGGUUCAAAUGGACACCAGCAGCCACUGAGGCUUUUGAAGAGCUGAAAACAACUAUGAUUAACCUUCCAUUACUGGCAGUCCCUGAUUUUUCCAAACAGUUCGUGGUGGAAACAGAUGCUUCCAGUAAGGGCCUUGGAGCUGUUCUCAUGCAGGAGGGCAGGCCACUAACUUUUUGGAGUAAAGGCCUAUCUCCAAGAGCACAACAGAAAUCUGUGUAUGAGAGAGAACUCAUGGCACU